GGCAGAAUUCCCAAAUUCGAAUCUGGCCACAUUAAGCUAAAGUUUUUUUUAGUCAUACGGGGUUGGUAAAAAUUAUCCAUUUCCCGAUCAAAAAAGAUGGCAAAUUUUCUUCUACGUCGUGCACUGUUAGAUGCAGUUCGUGUACCUGUCGGUACUCGGGCGAGCAGUGAACUGUCUAAGGUUGGCAACCGUGAAUGGGUGGGCUUCGGUUUCAAUGGACAGCCCAACUACGUGGAUAGGCCUGACUUCCCCUUGCCGGCUGUGAGGUUCCGCCCCGAAACACCUGAUAUUAAGGUCCUCCGCGAAAAGGAAAAGGGUGAUUGGCGCAAGCUAAGCAUGGAGGAGAAGAAAGCUUUAUAUCGCGCGUCCUUCUGUCAGACCUUCGCUGAGUUCCAGGCACCCACCGGGGAAUGGAAGGGGGUUGUCGGCUGGUCAUUGUUCGUCGCCUCCUUUGCGGUGUGGAUCUAUAUGGGGAUGAAGUUGUUCGUGUACGGUGAAUUGCCCGAGUCCCUAAGCGAAGAGAACCAGAAGGCUCAGUUGAGAAGAAUGCUGGACCUCAAGGUCAACCCCAUCGAUGGGCUCUCUUCCAAGUGGGACUACGAGAACAACCGCUGGAAGUAAACUGGAUAAUAUUCGGCACUGGUGCUUCGCCUGCGACAACUUACAGCAGCGCGUUAUAGAAUAGAAAAAUUAUGUUUUUUAUAAUUUAAGCGACAAUUCCUUGUAAGAUAUAUUAAUAAAAUUGUGAUUCCAAGC